GGCUGCAUCUCCAAUAAUUAUUCUGAGACUAUCACAAGUUUAAUAAUAGCGUGUGCAAUUAAGCACGGAACCUAUAGCUGACCCGGCUAGCUUGAUCUGUACUACUCUACUCGCUUGAUCCUUUCUUGCCUUGGGGCUCACCGCUCACCUACCCCGGCCCCGAUCCUCCAUGGCCACCCUCACCUUGCCGCCGACCAACGCCGGCGGCCAGACCGCCACGCAGGAAGGCCCUGCAGGGAAGCCUGGCGACGGUGCUGCAGAUCCGGGCUGCAUGGAUUCAGGGUGGGUUGUUCUGGGGAAAUCGGACAUCGUUCCGGCGGAUUUGGCCGAGGCCGCCGCUGCCGCAGGGCAUCCCCGCCUCAACUUCUCGCCGCUGCCGAUGAUACCUAUCUGGGUGCAGAUGGUCCUUGGGGGCGUGGUUUACACGGCUGUGCCGUUCUACAAGAGGGCCAGGAAGAUCGAAGGCGAAACGUUGAGCAAUGUGGAAACUGCAGUGGAGGUUGUGGAGCAUGUUGCUGAAGUAACAGAAAAGCUAGCUGCCAACGCGGCCGAUUCCCUACCAGAGAACGGAUCUAUGCAGAAGGUUGCUGUGGAGAUUGAGUACAUUGCUGAAGUGGUGGAUACGGAUGCACAUAAGGUUGAAGCGGUCAUUAAGAAGAUUGAAGACAUGAGCGACAAGAUCGAUGCCGCUGUGGAGCCUAUCAUCGAAGCGCUUGAGAAGGACUUCAAGCCAAACCCAACAUCCUCUACUGGAUCAGAUGCCAAGAAAUAAUAGUUCAUGUAGAUUCGAGGGAAAAAGUGAAGUGUUGCUUGUUGUAAAUAUGGCUGUUUCUUUUCUUCUCUAGCUUCUUCUUUCUGAAUUCCUUGUAAAUAUGGACCAGAACUGCUCCAUGAUUUAGUAAGCGGAUGCUCAAAUCGGAGUGUCAUGAUGGUCAAAAUAUAUUCACAAAAAUUACCAACUGGAGUCUGGAAUAUUACA